UAUUAUCUUUGUACUCUAUAUACCAUUCCGGUACCGAUCCGUUAGCAAUGGGUUCACAUAGUGAUGCCGAUAGAUAUCUCCUAAUCAGAACGAAGGCAGAAAGCGAAAGGCUAGAUACUCAACAUGAAGCCUUUAGGGAAAGCAUGGGGUUUCUGCUGCACCCUGCAAUUCCACAGCAUGACCAUAUGCGUCCUGGAGGGUACUUGCAAUGGACUGAUAUUGCGGUGCUAGACGGCGUUGUCAUACCGGGUGUGCUCGGCUGUAACGUAGACGACGCAAAUAGAUUCCUGAAUCAAUUCAAACAAAUCGUCAGCAGUCAUGGGAAAUCUGGAAAGAGCGUGACUGAGCUCUUCCCUCAUUUCAAAAAAUGCGGCCUCAAGGAUUGCAGAAAAGACAUUGCCCCACUUGAUAAACCCGAAUAUAAAGAUAUGUUGAACGCUAAUUACGUCAAGGCUAUUUCGCAUAUCUUGCAAGCUUCCCUUCAGCCAAGCCAAGGUUGCCGCGACGCACUCUCGAUGGAUCAAAUUACUCGAUUAGGGAAAUUGACGCUGAAGAAUCUCCAAGAGACCAAUUCCUCAUUGCUUUUCAGCUUGCAUGUUGUGAUUGGGAGACGUGAGUAGAAGGGUGAUAGAUAUUGUAGAGGAAUCAACAUUGUUAUCAUUAUAAUUCAUCUACUCUGUAAUUGUG